AAGUAAAAUUGAUCACAACAAAGACUGAACAUUAUCAUGGAGACACAAUUUUAUUCCCAAACAAAUCAUCAGGUCUCUAUGUUCUAAGCUCAUCCAACUUCGAAGAAGGAUCCCCCAAACGGACAACACGUCGAAGUCAUCAAUGCCGUUUGAGUUGCCGUUCACAAGUGCGAAAAGGUUGUCCUGUAGUAGUUGCGAGGGGAAUACUCGUUUUUUAUCUGGAAAGCGAGCUCGCGGGUGUGGCAGAGGAUGGCGGUGGUACCGGCGCAGGCUCUUGUUUUGGAAUACCUGGCGAUGAUAUAAGAUACGAGCAGUACAAUUCUCCAUACCUGGGGGAGAUGCGAUUGAGGCCGGGGAUGUCAAUGUUGAAUAACACGGUGGCGGCGUGUCCGGCGUUGUUGGCGAGAUAAUGUAAGAUGAAUUUGGGGGAGGGUGGGCAGGCUUUGGCGGAGAACGACGAUGGUGGCCAUACGAGGGUGUGGGCGCCAAAAGCACACCUUCAAUCACCAGAGAAGGACGAGGGCAGCGAAGGUGAUGGACGAAUGGAGUUUGCGGGUAUUCUGGACAAGCAAAAAUAUGAACGAAUCGUCGUUGGCGCUGACAAGCGCCAGAAAGUUGUCCUGUUCGUAGUCAAGAGGUUUUUGCCGCCGAUGUUCCUACUACUCGGCCCCCAGAAGUCGGCAGUCACGCAAAUGUCACAUUUCAAAGUCAGCUCGGCAGUCAAGCAGGAGCGCAAGGAAAGUAAGAUGGUGCGCGGAGAGCUGGAUUAGCAUAGAAUUGAUGAAAAUAUGGCUGAUUAGUAAAGUGUGGAGGAUAAUAUGGAUUAAAAGAAUGUGCACUGGCAGGUGGGGUG